AUGAGGCCACCUACUUUCUUAUCCUUCAUCAUCCUGGCCGCAGUGAUGGCGGCAUGGACAAUCCACACAGUCCACGGCCAGAUCUCUGUAGGCUGCUUUCAGAACCAACUCGAUAGCAGCACUGGAGCGUCUGACAUCAAAUCGUAUCAAGACAUCUACAUGUCCCAAGGAGCAUGCACAAACUACUGUCGAACCAGUGGAACAGCCUACGCACUGACCAUGGACGGAUCGGCUUGCCAUUGCUCCAAUAGCGCGCCCGUGGAUUCCAACAAGAUUGACGACGCAAAAUGCGACAAGCCCUGUAUGGGAUACCCGUUCGAAAUGUGCGGGGGCUCUUCGAGUCGGUCGAUUGCGAACGUCUUGCUGAUUGGAAGUUCAACCGCAGUCCCUGGAGGAGCAGGGGGAGGGGGAUCGACAUCUACCUCCAAUGGGACUGGGGCAGCCACCACAGCACCCACCGCCUCUGAAUCGAGUAAGAAAUCGCAAAACAGCAACAGCAGUAAUAAUAGUAAUGGUGGUGGUAACGGUGCAUCAACAACUACAACGACAACGGAUAACAACGGAGGUAAAGCGUUCAACACCGACACGGACAGCUCAUCAGGGUCCGGAGGAGAAUCAAGUCCCGGUAUCAUCGCCGCAAGCAUCGCCGCCAUCUUUGGUUUCGCCGGCCUCUUCGCCGUCGCCUUUCAACAGCAACAGUACGACCCACAUCUGCCCAUCGAGCAAAACUUGAACCACAAGGAGCCCCUUCAGGCGUCACCACCUCCACCACAGCUUGCGCCUUCCUUCAGCCGCGGUCCUCAGUCGUUGCAGCAAGGGCCACCUCUACCGUCAGGAGCAAUAGAACAUAUCCGCGACAACAGUGAAGAUGGAGAUAUUGAGGAGGAGAAUUACGAAAGACACGACGAGAGGAGUCUUUCGCAUCACCCCUCAGUCCGAUCGAUCCGUCACGAUCGCCAGGAGAGAGGAUCUGUGGAUUCCACAGCCAACAUUUUGAGAGUAGUGAACACAGAUGAUUCACAUACUUCAUGA